GAGCAGCCAAGCAGGGCAGCAGCAGGAGGAGGAGGCACGUGCUGAUAGCAACAGCAGUAGCUGCUGCUGCUGUUGAUAGCGAACAGGGCAGCAGCAGCAGGAGGCAAGUGCUGAUGAUGCUACUCAGGCGGCAGGACGAGGAGGAGUGCACGGAGCCCGUCAAGCUGAUGAUCUCGGGAGGCCUGCCGGAGUGGCUGCGCGGCUGUCUGAUACGCAACGGGCCAGGCAAGCACAGUGUCGGGGACACGCACUACUGCCACUGGUUUGACGGCCUGGCGUUGUUGCGCAAGUUCGACUUCAGAGAUGGUGAGGUGUGGUUCAGCAGUCGCUACCUGCGCAGCGACACGUACACGAAGAACGUGGAGGCCAACCGCAUUUUGGUGCCAGAAUUUGGCACGAGGGUCCCGCUCGCGGAGGGCGCGGGUCUCUUCCAGAGGUCCCUGGCACUUCUGCGGAGCGCAUUGCCCGAGGUGACGGACAACUGCUCGGUGAACAUGAUGCGCUGCGGCACCGACGUGUACGCUCAGAGCCAGACGCCGCUGCUGCGUCGCAUCGAGCCCACAUCACUCCUCACGUCGGACAAGGUGAACUUGGCCGAGAAGGUGGGGAUGAACAUGCUGACGGCUCACCCGCUGUACGAGCCGGACGGCACGGCCUACAACGUGGCCACGGUGAUCGGCGAGAGGGGCCGCACUAAGUACAACCUUCUGCAGAUCCCGCCCACCGCCGCAGGCGAGGAGCGCAACUCGGGAGUGGGGAGGGCGCGAGUCUUGUGCAGCGUGCCCUGCUCCCGCAUGAUCAGCCCCAGCUACCUGCACAGCUUCGGGCUGUGCCACUCCCACGCGCUGCUCCUGGAGUCUCCGCACGUGCUGCACGUGCUGCGCAUGCUCACCUCCUCGCUCCGCGGAGAAAACAUGGCCAGCUGCCUCUCCUACGACCCCGAGCAGAAGACUCACAUCCACGUCCUGGCGAGGAAGAGAGAGGACGCGGCACCUUCCUCCACCCCUUCCUCCACCUCCUCCUCCACCCCUUCCUCCUCCUCCUCCUCGUCGUCGUCGCCGCCUCCAGACGUCAUCACGUGCUACACGGACGCGGGCGUCUUCAUCCACCACGCCAACACGUACAAUGAGGAGGGCCACCUCGUCGCGGACGUCACGUCGCACGAUGGAGACGGAGUCUACUCGGUGUUCUACUUCGGCAAAGGCGAGGAGGAGGAGGAGGAGGGUCGUGACAACGAUGACGACAAAGAAAAGAAGGGAGUCAAGUCCACAAGCGAUGAGGGCGGAGGAGGAGGAGGAGGAAGGGGACGAGAGGGAGGAGGGGACGACGAUGUGAAGGAGGAGAGAGCACCCGUGAAGAGCCGCCUGCUGCGCUUCGUUAUUCCGUUGGAAGCCAACGAGAAGGGUGUGGAGAUCGGCACGAACCUCGUGACGCUGCCAGCCAGCGAGGCCUGUGCCAUCCGCGACAAGGACGGACACCUUUACUGCAUUCCCGAGGAGAUCGCACAAAGCGUGGACCUGCCCUGCAUCAACCCGGCUUUCUCCGGGAUCAAGAACAGAUUCGUGUACGUGGUGGAGACGCAGGCGGGCAUGGUGGCAACCAAGAUUUUGAAGCUGGAUCUGGUGGAGAAGAGUCGGAAAGAGUGGCGAGAGCCACGUGGCUGGGUGGGGGAGCCCGUCUUCAUCGCCAGACCCGGGGCAACGGACGAGGAUGAUGGGCUGCUGCUGGUGGUGGUGGGUCCCCUGCGCCGCGUCGAGCAGGCCCUGCUGGUAGUACUGGGCGCUCGCGACCUGGAGGAGCUCGCCCGGGCCCCCUUCCCCUCCGCCCUGCCCCUCGACAUGCACGGCAUCUUCCUGCCAGCGUGAGGGGCACUUCCAUCCCGCUGGACCAUACCGCUCGCUCGCUCGCUCGUUCGCCCAUUUGCUCGGUCGUUCGUUCGUGCGUGCAUUUGCUCACUGACUCGUUCAUCCAUUCGUGAGCUCGCUCGGCCAAAUGCACGCUCGCCCACUCGUUCAUUCACCUCCUCGCUUAGUCAACCACUCGCUCAGUCAACCACUCGCUCGCCCACUGGUUAAUUCACCUACUCGCUCAGUCAACCACUCGCUCGCCCACUGAUUAAUUCACCUACUCGCUCAGUCAACCGCUUGCUCGUCCACUGGUUCAUUCACCUACUCGCUCAGUCAACCACUCUCUCACCCACUGAUUAAUUCACCUACUCGCUCAGUCAACCACUCGCUCGCCCACUGGUUCAUUCACCUCCUCGCUCAGUCAACCACUCGCUCAGUCAACCACUCGCUCGCCCACUGGUUCAUUCACCUAUUCGCUCAGUCAACCGCUCGCUCGUCCACUGGUUCCUUCACCUACUCGCUCAGUCAACCACUCGCUCACCCACUGAUUAAUUCACCUACUCGCUCAGUCAACCACUGGCUCGCUCACUGGUUCAUUCACCUACUCGCUCAGUCAACCACUCGCUCACCCACUGGUUCAUUCAUCUACUCGCUCAGUCAACCACUCGC